CGGCCAAGCCCAAUAGGAGGCGGGCGCGGCGCGCCUGCGCAAGGGGCGCUCGGGCGGGCAGUGCGGCGCCGCUGGCCGGAGGCGGAGGGGAGCGAUGGAGCAGGGUUACGGCGGUUAUGGCACCUGGAAUACUGGGGCCACCAACACUCAAGGUACAUACGCAACGAAUGCGACCAGCUGGCAAGGCUAUGAAGGCUACGACUAUUACAACACCCAAACCACCGCCGCUAACACGGCGGCCACGUACAACUACGCCGCAGCCGCUGCCACCUCCAGCAGCUGGGAAACACCCAAAGCUUCCGAUAUGGGCAUGAACGCCGACGUCAACGCCGCCAUGCCCGUCGCCUCCUACGGCGCCGAGACCUCGGCGAACGAGAACUCGGAUUCCAUCAUAGCCAAAAUCAACCAGCGUUUGGAUAUGCUGUCGAAGGAGGGCAGCGGUGGGACAGGGGAGGGGAUGGAAGACCAGGAGAGCUCUUUCAGAUUUGAGUCUUUCGAAUCGUACGACUCGAGGUCCUCAAUGAACGACCGUGACGUGUAUCGAUCCGGCUACGAUUACGGAGAAGUCGGAACCGAUCGGAACGAUUCCUUCGGGAGCCAGUUCGAUAACCGCAGGGAUCAAUCCCGUAACCGAGGAAACAACUACGGCCUCAUCCGAGGACGGGGUCAAAACCGCGUUCAAAACCGAGGGCGUCUAAACGCUUUCAACCGCACCGACCACUUCAUGCCCUCCUCCAGCUCCGAGCGCCUCUCGGCUCGUUGGAACGAGUUGAACUACAUGGGCGGGCGUGGGAUGGGGGGUGCCGGAUCCGGCAGGCUCCCUUCCCUCUUUUCCCAAGCCCUCGUUCCCGACUACGGCGACUACGGAGACUACGGUGAUUACGGCGACUACGGCGACUAUGGGGAUUACGGCGAUUAUGGCGACUACGGAGAUUAUGGUGACUACGGAGACUAUGACUAUGGCAUGAUGGGGAUGUCGGGCAUGGGAAUGGGACGGUAUGGGAAUAUGCCGUACGGAAUGGGGAGGCAACGAAACAGAGACAGGAUGGGUACGGUGCCCUGGCACAUGAACGCGCUCAUGCCCAAGAGAAGAGGUUUCCGAAACCGUUCGGGCGGGCGAUCAGACGGUGAGGGAGGAGGACGCAAGCGAAAACAGUCGCAAAGCGGAGACGAGCCCGACAGCAAACAGGCGAAGACCGACAGCGAAGGAGACGACACCGAGAACGCAGAUGAGGGCGAAGGAGAGGAAAAAUCAGGAGAUGAAGCUGACAAAGCGUCUGGAGAUGGCUGCGAAGAUGACGACGAGGAGGUGAAAAAGAAGAGGGAGAAGCAGCGGAGAAGAGACAGGAUGCGUGAUCGUGCUAUGGACAGAAUCCAGUUUGCCUGUUCCGUCUGCAAGUUCCGCAGUUUUGAGGAAGAGGAGAUCCAGAAACACCUCCAGAGCAAGUUCCACAAAGAGACUUUGCGAUACAUCGGUACCAAACUCCCAGAUAAAACGGUCGAGUUUCUGCAGGAGUACAUCGUCAACAGGAAUAAGAAAAUUGAGAAGCGGCGCCAGGAACUGACCGAGAAAGAGGGCACGAAACAGAAGCCGGAUCCUUUUAAGGGUAUCGGCCAGGAGCACUUCUUCAAGAAGAUCGAGGCGGCUCACUGCAUGGCGUGCGACAUGUUGAUUCCUGCGCAGAACCACCUUCUCCAGAGGCACCUGCGAUCUGCCGAUCACAACAGAAAUCGCAGGAUGGCUGCAGAGCAAUUCAAGAAAACCAGCUUACACGUCGCCAAGAGCGUCCUGAAUAACAAACACAUCGUAAAGAUGCUGGAAAAAUACCUCAAGGGAGAAGAUCCCUUCACGGAUGAAAUCACGGAUCAGGACGUGGAUGAAGCGGAAACUUUGGAAGGCGGAGACGGCGCCGGGGAAGGAGCGACCGAAACCGCCGCCGCCGAGGUCGCCCAGGAAGGAGGAAUGGGAGAAACUACGGAAACAGCGGAAGCUUCCGAAGAAUUUUCCAAACCUGAGGAAUUCCUUAAAAAUUUGGGGGAGCAGGAUCAACCCCCCAAACCGCUGCUGAUGCCCCCGUUCCUGCAAGACGACGAGCUGGAAGCGGAGGAGGCGACGGCGGAGGCGACGGCGGAGGCGGCGACAUCGGAAGCGGCGACAGCGGAAGCGGCGGCGCCCGCGGAGGAACCGCCUGCGGUUCCCGAAAAUCCCCGAGAAUCAGCUGUUUCCCCCCAAAAUGAAACUGAGGGUUGGGGAGGUAAAGAGGAGGAGGAAAACGGGAGCGAGGCGGCGGCCGGCUGCAGCGAGGAGGAGGAGGAGGAGGAAGAGGCUCCGCCGACGGCCGCGGAGCCGCAGCCGGAAUAACUGUGAAUAUUUGUGUGAAGGUGAUGGUAUAAUCCAUGAUUUAUUUUUUUUUGGUUUUGAUUUAUUCUUAUCAUUUUUUUUGGUU